UGCAGGGGCUCAGGGCUGCAGCUCGUGGGGCCAUGGCAGGAGCCGAGGGGGAGUAGAGACUGCUGGAGAGUCAGACCCAUGGAUGGGACAGGUGUGGGGCAGGAUGCCAUGAAGAACUGCACUGACCAGGAGUACUGGGACAACCUCGUUUCCCAGUGCAUCCCCUGCAGCCUCGCGUGCAGCCAGUCCCAGAGCAGGAGGUGUGAUGCUGUGUGUGAGUCCAUGGACUGCAACAAGAACCCUGGAUUUUACUACGACGAGCUCGUGAAGAGCUGCAUCGAGUGCAGCUCGGUGUGCGGGCAGCACCCAAAGGAAUGUGCCCUGUCCUGCGAGCGUGAGUGUCUGAGCUCGCCCAUCUCUCCUCCCACAGCCACGCCCGCGGGGCCGGCGGCCGUGCUGGAGCAGAAGGGAUGCGCGGAGCAGGACCCGUGGCUGGUGCUGUACCUGCUGCUGGGGCUCUGCCUCUGCAGCCUCCUCUGCUCCCUGCUCCUGGGCUGGACUCACCUGCGCAGGAAGGGAGAGGGGGUGUCCUGCCAGGCCAGCGCUGGGACCUGCCACUGCAGGGAGGACCCUGCCAAAGAUCGGCUGGUGGAGGCUGGCAGUGUUGGUGAUGGAUUCACCAGCAUCAGAAUCCCAGAGCCAGUGGAAACCUGUGGCUUCUGCUUCCCUGGACAUGGCUCUGCUGUACAAGAGACCAAAUCCUGCCCCAGCAGCUCCUGCCUCCCUGGGGAAAGGGCUGCUCCCUCCUUCUCUGGGAUCUGCAGCACGGGAAGCGCUGGGACCAUCCCCAGCCCUGACGACGGCCACUUCAAAAUCAUCUGCUCUCCUUCCCAAGAGAAGACACCCAUGGUGUGACCACAGUGGAUGUUCCAGCACGGGAUCAGAAUGGAGGGAUGCUCCCUCUGCCCCCAAAUCAAAGCUGCUUCACCCUCUGUUGCCAGUGACUGGAAUAGUCUCUACCCAGCCCAGGCUGUGCCAGGACAGCCCUGGAGGUUGCACGGAG